AUGCACUGGGAAGUCUUGGAUGUAUUGUCAUCUUCCAAGGCUCAGCAAGGUUUCAAGCUUGACAGAUAUGGAGUGUUAUCUACUGAGCCGGAAGUCAUGGCCGAAUUAAAACGGUCGGAGGUGGAUGAAUGUUGUGAGAAAAUUAUUUCGUGUGGUCUCUGCCAUCCAUCAUCAUUAGAGAAUGCUUGUCUGCUCUGCCCUGGGCCAUCCUUACUAGUUAGUCUAUCUACAUAUGCUACAAUGACAGGCCUUUAG